AUGCAGAGGCGCUCCUUCUUGGCAUCAGCAGCCAGUGCUGGCCUCUUGCUGGUCUCUGCUCCUCCUCGCUCGGGUGCUGAGGGACUGGUGGGCACAGUGACGGUGGUGGGAGCCGACAGCUACGUGGGGGGGGAUGUGCUAAGGAUGCUGCUGAAGCAGAAGGUGCCCGUCACAGCAUGCGUCUCUCCGACCUCCAGCAUCAGCAUCCCUGGUGACUCGAAGCUCCUGACCGUCAGCAAGUGCGACCUCAUGGAUGAAAAGGAGGUGAGCGAGGUAGUCAGGAACUCAGGGACUGUCAUCUAUGCCGUCGAGCCCCGGUUCCGUGCUCCGCAGCAGGAGGCGGUCGACCUCAAGGAGGCAGCGGAUCGUCCAGAAGGAUCGAGCAUGGAAGUGACGGGGCUGAGCAACGUGGCCAAGGCGUGCCUGGAUCAAGACGUGAAGAAACUGGUGGUUCUGAGCUCUGUGUGCGGGAAGUGCCGCAACCAGCAGCAGGAGCAGGGCGGAGGAUCUGGAGGAGGGAGGUGUGAGGUCUGCGGAAGGAUUGAGAAGGGAGAGAACGCAGUGCAGGAGCUGUAUGCAGCUGACAAGGGAGCGGCAAGGAGCUACGUGAUCGUGAGAGCAGGGCAGCUUUCGUUCGGGGAGAGGAGGGGGCCGAGAGAGGUGGAGUUGAACCAGGGGCUGAUGAAGAACGGGGUGAUCUCCCGGCUGGAUGUAGCUGAAGUCCUGGUGGCAUCAGCCAUGGGGGACAAGGUCAGGGACGUCUCCUUCGAGUGCUACUACAGGGACACGGCAGAGCCUGUCGACAUCUACUCGAGCUUGCAGUCGUGCAGGAGCAUGGGAAAGACGACGCGCGAGUGUUUCUUCGGGGACGCAGUGGACAACAAGAGCCCGCUGUCUCUCGAUGACGUGCUUCAGAUGCCACUCCAGGGAAGCCUCUUUCCCACCGGCCGAGAAGUCGUAGGGUUGGACUACUCCAGCAUGCUCUCCCAGCUGACCCCCGACAACGCCGUCCCGUUUGACAUCGAUUCGAUUAGGUACGAGUCAGCGUGA